AUGGCAAGAGUGGACUUAGAAAUUUAUGGACUUAACAAACCUCAUUCUAGUGAGAUUUUUACUUUGUUGGUAGGGAAAGUAUAUGUUGGUUUUAUAACAUCAAUCCCUGAGAACAACCUUUUCUCUAAAGUCCUAAACAAAGGUGACUCCUUUGUCUUCCCUAAAGGACUCAUUCACUUUGUGGUGGAUAUUGGGAAAACAAAGGCAAUUGGGAUUGCAGCUCUUGGAAGUCAGAAUCUAGGGUUUUAUUCUCUUGCUGAUGCUGUCUUGGGGACUAAUCCUAAUAUCUUUGAUGAUGUUCUUGCUAAGGCUUUUCAAUUGGACAAGAAGAUUGUUGACUGGCUUCAGUCCCAGUUCUAG